GAGAGGGGUGCGCAUCUACGCACCCGUUCUAGUUAGUACCCCCACCCACUUUACAAAAGCCAGUUUCCAGGAAGUACCCUCUCUCCCUCUCGUCUUCUUCUUCUACUUCUUCUAUAGCUUUUAACCCCACUGGGCGCACCCAACAAGUGCAUGCACCUCUUUCUCUCUCUCUUUCUCUUUCUCUCUCUCUUUCUCUCUAUCUCUCUUUCUCUAUGUCAUUUAUAUAAAACCCAAACACGCCCUUUUUGCAUUCCACCUCAAGCCCCUUGCUUUAAAAGCCUCACUACGGAACCAACCACCCUUUCUCAGUACUCAAACAAAACUCUUUAACUCUCUCUCUCUCUCUCUCUCUACAAUGGAAGCAAUGAAUAGGUGUUCAUCCUCUACUUCUUCAUCUGACUCUUCCUCUUCCGAGUCUUCUUUGUCCGGUAAGACUCCCAGGAAUCCUAAUAAACCAGAAAGAAUUAAAGGUCCAUGGAGCGCAGAAGAGGACCGGGUUUUGACCCGUCUUGUUGAAAGGUAUGGGCCCAGGAACUGGUCCUUAAUAAGCCGCCACAUAAACGGUCGAUCGGGAAAGUCUUGCAGGCUGAGGUGGUGCAACCAGUUGAGUCCCAGUGUGGAACACCGGCCGUUUUCGCCAGCCGAGGACGAGACCAUCUUGGCUGCGCACGCCAGGUAUGGUAACAGGUGGGCCACCAUUGCUCGGUUGCUUCCGGGUCGGACCGACAACGCGGUGAAGAACCACUGGAACUCCACGCUUAAGAGGAGGGUUAGAGAGCAACAAAUGGACGGUCAUCAUCGCAAUGCUGAUCACGAUGUUGGGUCGGGAUCUGGGCCGUGCAUCAAUGGGCCAUUGGAGGAUGACCCUUUGACCGCGUUGACUUUGGCUCCGCCGGGGAUUGGUGUUUCCGGCGGUCCCUCCAUGGCGGAGGAGCGACGGAGUGAGAGUGUGCCGACUGGGUUUUGGGAUGUCAUGAGGGAUGUUAUAGCUAGGGAAGUGAGAGACUAUGUAACGUCGACAUUUGCUGAGAAUUCCGGCUUCCAAUAGUUAAUAGUUUUUUUUUUUUUUUUGCCUCUUUUCUUUUAAUUAUGUGCUGGUCUCUUGGCGUUAAGAGUUAAAUUAUUUUCUUCUUUUUGUUAAUAUUUUAAAUGCAUUUCUCAAAGGCAAAAGAAAUUGUUUUAAGGUUUUCGAUUAAUGCCUGAGGUGGAUGCACAAAAUAUGUUAAUAUAUUUUACUCUAAAUGGAAUUGGACGGUAAUUGCUCCAUA